GGUCGAGCAAAGAUUUCUGCCGGGGUUCAGGACUUUCCCUCCUCGUAUCUUUGCAACUGUGACUGAGGAGAAGGAAGGACACACAGGCACGGACCAGCAAGAGGUUUUGAGAGGAUCUCUCACUGCCCAUGCCCCUGCUCUCCUCUCUGAGGAAUGGGCACCACAGAGGCAACUCUACGAAUGGAGAACAUGGAAGUGAAAGACGAGUGGCAGGAUGAAGACUUCCCAAGACCACUACCAGAGUACGGAGACAUGGAUUCCUCCUGUGGUCUCACAGAUGACAGAGCCUCUCCCCCUAACUCCCUGAAUGUGAACCCACCUGGAGGAGGCGGCGGUGUGUCCUCAUCCCACCGUAAACGUCGAACAUUGCUUGCCCCGGAUAUGAACCUCUCCCUGGAUCACAGUGAGGGUUCUCUGUUGUCUGAUGACUUCCUGGACACACCGGACGACCUGGACAUUAAUGUCGAUGACAUUGAUACUCCAGACGAGACAGACUCCCUGGAGUUCAUCACCAAUGGCAACGAACUGGAAUGGGAAGAUGACACCCCGGUGGCCUCAGCCAAAGCAGGUCCCACUGACGGUUCAGGAGAAGUGGAUGAAGACGGGAAUGCCAUCAACGGACGCCUCUGGAGAACAGUGAUCAUUGGAGAACAGGAGCAUCGUAUUGACAUGCAGGUCAUCAAACCUUACCUCCGGGUCAUCACACAUGGAGGUUAUUAUGGAGAAGGCCUCAAUGCCAUAAUCGUGUUCUCUGCCUGUUACCUGCCUGACAGCAGCUGUCCAGACUAUCACUACAUCAUGGAAAACCUCUUCCUAUAUGUUGUGAGCAGUCUGGAGAUGCUUGUGGCUGAAGAUUACCUCAUCAUCUACAUGAAUGGAGCCACUCCUCGGAGUAAGAUGCCUGGGAUCAGCUGGCUCAAGAAAUGUUACCAGAUGAUUGACAGAAGAUUGAGGAAGAACCUGAAGUCUCUGGUCAUCGCUCAUCCCACAUGGUUCAUACGCACUGUCCUGGCCAUAUCAAGGCCCUUUAUCAGCGUGAAGUUCAUGAAUAAAAUCCAGUACGUCCACAGUCUGGAUGAACUGGCAGAGAUGGUCCCAAUGGAGCAUGUCCAUGUCCCAGAGUGUGUGGUGCAAUUUGACGAGGAGAGGAUUAAAGCUCGGAAAGAAAGGAUGGAGCAGGAGCAGAGACAGCAGGAGCAGCAGCAUUCAGCCCCACAGGAGCCAAUUAAAAAGUCUGAGAGGCCAAAGUCAGUGAUAGAUCAAGGUUUAUGAGAAGGACAACGCUUUGCAGGGUGUGACAGACGAGUGGAGCAUGAAUCCUUUCGUUUAUCCCCAGGAGAAACAGACAUCCAAAUACUCUACAUAUGCUUUCUUGUUUCCUCAACAUACACCUGAAGACUUGUCAAAAUGGUCAAUACUUCAACUCUAUUUGCUUUUUCUUGUACCACCUCUUUCUUCCUCCUGGAGAGAUUUAUAUCGCAACUUGAA